UGUUUUGGUUAUUUCGAAACUGUUUUCUGUAUAAAAAUAUGUCUUAUUUUAAAGAAAUGUUGGGAAAUCUUUACUGCACACAGAACGACAACGAGCAAAGACAGAUAUCUGAUAGGAAUUGCAGCAUUUGAUUAUUCAUGGCAACUUCAAAGCCAUCACAUUCUCAGAUAUCCAGUCGAGUAGACCAGUAUGAGAGACUUAGCAAUACACAUUCCUACUUACCAAACAGAGGUAACAAUAGCAGGCAGAGUGGUCAGCAGGUCACUGGCAGACAGUCACAAUCAUGGUCACAUGACAGGCUGAGCCAUCACAGACCUGAGAAUCAGAAUGAUAUGCUUUCAGGCGAUAGAAUUGAAGAGGCUAGAUUACAGUCAAUGCAUAUACCUAUACAUGCUGCUGCUUAUGAAGGGAAUGUUGAACGUUUGGAAGCACUAAUAAAUACAGGAGUUAAUAUCAACUUUCAAGCAAUUCGUCACAAAUAUAAAGUAACACCAUUAAUGAUAGCAGCUAGCAGAGGUCUUUUGGAAGUUGUGAGGUUGCUGAUACAGAAAGGAGCUGAAAUAGACAAGUUAGACAAUUUUAAGAGACCAGCUUUGAUGUAUGCUGUAUUCAGUGGUAGUCUGCCUGUUGUAUAUUAUCUUAUACUACAUGGAUCUGAUGUGAACCAUGUGGACAGUUCUGGAUAUGCCCCAAUACAUUACACUGCAAUAAGUGGACAUCUUCAGAUUUUAAAGUUACUAUUCCAUGAAGGAGGUGCUAAUAAAACUAUUCCUAGUCAGAACAAUAUGGGUAGUCCACUAAUGAUUGCAAGGAUGAGAGGUCACCAAGAUAUAGUAGAUUUUCUUAUGAAUGAUGAUGCAUCUGACAGAAACCCUACAACAAAUAGGGUUCUGCCUAGUGCUCCUCCCAUUGACAAUGGAAUUUCACAUGGUCAGGUUGAAGAAAAUGUGCCAGGUAUAACAAGACCAAGUGCACCACCUUAUUCAGAAGUAUCACAGACAUCACCAACUGCACCAGUCCUUGAUGAUAUUACAGCAUCAAACUUGCCAACAUAUGAUGAAGUUGUUUCUCCUGGAAUGCCACAGGGUGCAUGUGGUGGUCAGAAUAUACAAACUAACAGUUUAUUUGUCCCUGGUGAUUUGCCACCACCCCCUUCAUACCAGGAAGUAAUAACAAACAAAGUAACUUAUGGCAUAACUCCUUGGAUCAGCGAAGAAGGAUCUAAUUCAUUACAUAAUGUCCAGAUACAGGAAAGAUUUGAUAGGUUUAUGAGAAGAUUUGAUGAGUUGAUGAAUUUUGUAGCCAGUAUGUCAAGUGAAAUAGAAGCUGACUUCAUCCCUACAGACUUAAAUGUAGCUGAAAGAUUAGUUAAAACACAUUUUGACAGAAAGGUGAAGAUAGAGGUGAAUUUUCACAGAUUCAAAGAAAAUCAUAAUGAAUUUAUCACCAAUGGUAGAUGUAAUUUAGAUGAUAUAAAAGAUAAACUGAAGGCUGUUGCAGAAGAAGAGAAUACUAUAAUGAAAAUGUUUACAGUUUACAUGUAUGAAUAUGAUAUUUGUGUGAAAUGUCACAGACUAUGGAUAACAAUUGAUACCUUACUAGAUAAGGCAGUAGCAUUCAAGGACUUAUUUACCUCUAUAGUUCUAAGUGAAACAGGUAAUGCAUUAAUGGGCCAGAGACAACAGAUAGCUGAACUUGAUGAAAAUCUUAGUUCAUUAAAAGAAGAAGAAAAGAUAGUAAAUGAAGAUUUUCAACGCAUAAACCGAAUCCAUUCUUUGGAUUAUGAAUCUAGAAAAAUCGACUUUGAGGUGUUGUCAUCACAAAUAAGUAGUCAGCUUCAUCAGGUAGCUGACUAUUUUGAAAAUCUACAGAAGAAAUUCAAAGAUAAGCAAUUGCUGUUUGAAACCAAAAUAAAAUCAUUCACUCAAAAUAAGACAUGGGUUCAUGGAUAUUUCUGCAGCACUGCUGAAACUGGUAUUUGUAGUCAAAUUCAGAUAUGCAUUGAUAGUGGUGUUAAUAUUAAUUUACAAAAUCAGAAGGGGAUGACAGCAUUACAUAUAGCAGCAUCAAAAGGUCAUAUUAAUUUUGUCAGAGAACUUUUGGAUCGAGGAGCUGACAUCAACUCAGAAACAACGUUUGGUUCUUCAGUGUUGUGUGAGGCUUCAAAACAAAAACAGAUAAAUGUGGUCAAACUUUUAAUAGAUAGAGGAGCUGAAAUUAAAGCAAAAUAUAAAAUGACUGGAAAAUCAGCUUUACAUAUAGCUUGCCUGAACGGAUACUGGGAUAUUGUGAAAUUAAUGGUGGAAAAAGAUAAAUCAGUCAUAAAUGAUGCACCAAUUAAUGGCAAUCCACCUUUACAUUAUGCAGCUGAAGAAGGAAAUAUAACUAUGGUGAAUUAUUUGCUUGAUCAUGGUGCAGACGAAAAUUUACUGAAAAAUAUGAAUGGUGAAUUUCCUUACAAGGAGGAUAUUGUUAAUUGUUUAUGUAUCGAUCAGUCAGAAGAUGAGGAUGAUGCUAAUUAUGAUGGUGCAAGAGGAACCUCUUUAGCCAAUGAUAGAAAUCCCCAUCAAAGUUCAAAAGGUGCAGUGGGGCAAACACAACCUUUAUCUACACCUCUAAGUUCCAGUCCUCUGAAAUCAGAACAAGUGAUUCAUAAAGGAAUACUACAAAGAAAACAUGAUAUGAAAAGUAAAACUGUGAAAUCUUUUGCAAGGAAAUGGGUUCCAAUGUAUGGUACACUAAGAGGACAUGAGAUGUAUUGCAGGUCUUAUGAGAUUGGUGACUUAGGAAUAUAUGAAAAACUGAAAUUACCUCAGCAUCCAGUAAUAUCAUUGAUUAAUGCUGAAGUACAUCAUGUAGAUAAUUAUAAGAGGAAAAAAUAUGUGUUCAGAAUUCUACUGCAAAAUGGUGGCUCAUUCUUGUUUAAGACGCAUAGUCUGGAUAAUAUGAAAUUAUGGUUGGAAAAAAUUCAGGAAGCUAUCUAUCAUGAACCAACAGUGGACAGCAUAAAAUUACAACCAAACAAGAAUUAACAUUCUGAAGGACAGAAAGGUCAAGGAGGGAUUAUAACAAUAUAAUAUCAUAUCAGUGAUAGAGUGAUGACAAGAGCAGAUCCAACCCAGACAUGAAUUAACAUUGUGAAGGACGGAUAGGUCAAGGAGGGCUUUCAACAAUAUAAUAUCAUAUCAGUGAUGGAAGGAUGACAAGAGCAGAUCUUAUACAGACACAAUUUAACAUUAUGAAGGACAGAAGGUCAAGGAGAGAUAAUAACAAUAUAAUAUCAUUUCAGUGAUAAAAUGAUGAAAAGAGCAGAUCUUUGCAUAUCCUGGUCAACAUUUUACUGUAUGUGUUAUUUGAAGAAUUAUUUGGUAGUGUUUAAGUUUAGCUUGUAACACAAUCAUAUUAGAUGUAAGAUGUCUUACAUUUAGCAAUUAGUAGUAAAUCAUUGGCAAUAAAUAAUGAUACAUUAUUGAGUGAGUGAGUUGGAUGUAUUUAAUAUUCUACACUACAAUUCAAUGCUCCAAGUUGUACAGAAACACUUUAUUAUUAUCAUAACAUUUGUAUCAGGGAAUGUACAAGGAAGUGUAUCUUGACUGUAUGAUGCUUGUUGUUGUUCGUCUUUGUAUGUUUAUUAUUUCUCGAGGGAGUGGGUUGUUGUGGGGGGGGGGGGGGGGGUCUCAAUGUACAAAUUUGGGUUCAGACGUCCAGCUGGGAUUUAAAACCCACCACCAUUCAUAUAUUGAUUUAUGCAAAAAUCCCUACCAAUUCAUAUAUAUCAUAGGAAUAUCACAACCCAUUUAAAAAAUUUCCCAUCUAUUCUUAUGAGACGUUAAUCACAUGGGAUCAUUCAUAGUAUUCGACAAAAUGAUCAGAACACACAUCUUAACAGAAGAAGAACAUUUAUGACCCAUUGACAUAAAUUUCCAGCCAUUGUUAUACUACCUCCGUGAAAUACACCCUAUUGAUAUAUUUGACAUUUCAAAAAAGAGACCCAUACCAGCGGCACAUCUGUGUAUACCUUUGUAUAGGAAGAGCCCCCCCCCCCCCUCGUGGUGGUUGUACUGUCCAAUAUUUUUAUACAACCUGUUAUCAUUUUUAUGUAUAACUUAUUUUUCUGUAGAUCAAUUUUCUGUGACAUUGUAUCAGUAAUAAGGAACGGGAAUACUUUUUUUCUUAUCAUUUUAAAAUUUUUUAUUAUGUUUAUAUAUUUGCAAUUUUUCUCUGCUGGACGAUUUUUAACUAACUUUGUCAUACUAAUAGAGGAAAAGCAGAUGAAAAAUGUACUUUUUAUACAUAAAACUCAAUAUAUCUGUGAUAUUUACAUUGUACUAAUACUUUAUUUUCUUGUUGAAUUGUUUUUUAGAAUGUAAUUUAUGAUAUAUUUUUUGAUAAAUGUUUGUUUUUAAUGAUGUCUUUACCUUUUACAAAAAGAAAUCGUGGAAAAUUGUUUUUCUUCAUAUUUUACAAAAUUUGCAUAAAAAAGGUAGUUCACCUCACCUCACUUCAGUGAAAUUUUCCUGGAAAUUGAUAAAUUUUAGGAUUCCAAAAUUUUGCAUCUCACACCAGAUAUCUGAUAUUCACCUACUUGCAUUUUUUAAAGUUUUCAAUUGUUUUUUUAUAAUAUUAUUAAUGAUACACAUGCAUUAUUUUGAUUAAAGUUUGUUAUUAAUGAUGCUUUUACUUUUUAAAAAUAAAAUCAUAGAAAGUU